CUUGCAUUUCUUGGGAAAGAGGAGAGCUCUGCCUCUGGACACGCUAAACUCAAUUCCCUCGAUAAAUAAAAACGCCCGACAAGGCAAAGCAAAGAGAUAAACAAACGGAGGUUAUGGCUGGUGUGUCCAAAGAGACGCAGUUGUCGAUAGAAGCGUCGUCGAUGUUUCCAGGGUUUCGGUUUUCUCCGACUGACGUAGAACUGAUUUCCUUUUACCUCAAAAAGAAGUUCGACGGAGAUGAGAAAUGUGUAGAGGUCAUUUCCGAGGUUGAAAUUUGCAAAUACGAGCCAUGGGAUUUGCCAGCCAAAUCUAUCAUCCAGUCAGAUAAUGAAUGGUUCUUCUUUUCUGCUCGUGGAAGAAAAUAUCCAAAUGGUUCACAAAGUAGGAGGGCAACGGAACGGGGUUACUGGAAGGCAACCGGGAAAGAACGAAAUGUUAAGUCUGGCUCUGUUGUAAUUGGUACGAAGAGAACUCUUGUGUUUCAUACUGGUCGUGCACCCAAAGGGGAAAGGACAGAAUGGAUUAUGCAUGAAUAUUGCAUGGAUGGGAAAUCCCAGGAUUCUCUUGUUGUUUGCCGCCUUCGUAGGAAUGUUGAGUUUCGUCCAAAUGACAAUUCAAACCGCAGUUCUCUUAAUAGAAGACAGUUAUCAGUUUCUGAAGGUGGUCUUGAUCGGGCGGGCACAUCUGAAGGGGAGAAGACAGCUGAAUGCUCGAGAAAGUGUAGUAGCAGUCACGACUCUCAUUCUAUUGAGCAAUUGGAUUCUGCAUCAGAAUCUGAACAGAAACUAUCAAAUGAGGCUCUUUUGGCAGAAUCUUCUAGCCGUCCCCAGGAUUCUGAUAAUCAAGAUGAUUUUUAUGCUGAUAUACUGAAAGAUGAUAUAGUUAAGCUGGAUGAAACUUCAUUGUCUGCCAUCUUGGAGUUUCCAGUUAUUGCUAGUAAGCCUGAGGCUCAGAUAGAAGUUCAACAGCCUCCUGAAUUAAUUGCUUCACAAUCACUUCCUUUACAGUCGAUUCCUAUGCAAGGAACAGCAAACCGAAGAAUCAAAUUAGACAAGAAAACGCAUGACGUCUCCAAUGCAAAGACAUCUGAGGAAUCACCAAAAUGCGUACUUGAUUUCUUCUCAGUUAGGAGGGGCAAUCAGAAGCUGAUUUCUAGAAUUUUUAUUAUUCUGUCUUUGCUGGUUUUGUUACUUUCUUUGUUGGGAGGUUUUCAACAAGUGAAAAGAAUCACAUAUGGAGCCCUGUACAGAGCCCUCUGGAACUGAGCAAUGCAUGGCAUCCUCUUCAAGGCUUUAUAUGAAACUGUAAAAUGCCAAAUCAGCAAGAUCUCUCUCUCUCUCUCUCUCCCUCUUCCCUUCUCAUCACACUUAAUGUUUAAUGUUAGGGUACACGUUUAAGAAUCAAGCAAAGAUUCUGGGAGUUUGACCUGUGAGAUGUGGGGACUUUCGCAUUUAUUUAAAGGUUGCCUUUUUUUUUUC